CCCACCGGGCCGCCCGCCAGGGGUCACGUGACGGGGCGGCCGGGAUGGCGGCGGCCGGCGGCGGGUGAGCGGCGGCGGAGCGGGGCCGUGCGGGGCUGCCGUGGAGCCCGCACGGAGCCCCAUCCCCCCCACGGCCCGCAGCGGCGCCUCACCGCAGCGUCUCCUUCCCUCUGCAGCCUCCCGCGCGGCGGCCGACACGAGGCAGCGGCGGGGCCCGCGGAGGCGGCGGCCGGGCCCGGCUGGCAGCGGGUGAGCCGGCGGCGGCGGGCGGGCAGGACGGCGGGCAGGGUCGACGCGUUCUUCCUCAGCCCUGAAGGAAAAAAGCUGAGGUCGAAGCGUGCACUUGCAGAGUACCUUCAGAAAACCGGGGAGACGACGCUGAGAGUGGAAGACUUUGGUUUUACAGCUCUCUGUCCGAGGAGCGCCCGGUCGCGGGUGAAGAGACAUGGCACAGAAGCUGCAGGGACUAGUUUGGAGAAUGAGCACUGGUGCUCUCCAGUGCAAGGCCUCGGUGUACAAAGUGGUGCAGAGGAUGGAAUGCAAAAUGUUCAGACUGGCAAGGAGCAGGUGGAAGGUGUUACACCCAUCCUGGAAAGGGAAGGUUUGCUCGUGAAGGGCCUAAACCCAAAGGACUGUCUGAAAGCCAACAAAAAGGGGGCAGGUGGAAAAAGUGUUCAGAAUAAUAAAGCUGAAAAGAGCUCAGCAAAGACGAAUCGAGACAAUACCCGAAGCAAAAGACCGAGAAGAGCAUGCAACCAACAGGAAAUGGAGUGCAGUCAAAACAAGAAGUUCUGUAGAAAGACAGGCAGGAGUGUUGCUGAUGGCCAGGGUGAAGGUGAUCAGGGUGCAGAGCCCAGGGGUGCGGGGAGAACUCGGCUAAGAACGUGCAGGUCACGGCCAGACACGGAGCCAAGGUCAGCGCCAGCUCACUCACAGAGGGAGAGCCUGGCAGAGGAGCAGCACAUGGAGGCGGGUUCUAACCGCACAGCCGGUGCAGAACCCGAGGAGAGCUGCAGCAGAUUGAAAACAGGGGAAGGAGCAGAUGGAGGGAAUCCAGGCAACCAGGGUUUAAAGUCUGACACGGAUGUUAGCGUUGUGCAGCCGUGUGACGGGACAGGCUCCACAGCAGUGCCUCCAGAAGAUUCUUUCCCACGAACACAAGUGGACAGGAGGAAAACCAGUCCCUAUUUCUCUAGUAAAUACAGUAAAGAAGGUCCCAGCCCACCUCGAAGGAAGGCGUUCAGAAAAUGGACUCCUCCACGUUCCCCUUUUAAUCUGGUCCAAGAAACACUUUUCCAUGAUCCGUGGAAACUUCUCAUUGCAACCAUAUUUCUCAAUAAAACUUCAGGUAAAAUGGCCAUUCCUGUGCUCUGGGAGUUCUUUAAGAGGUAUCCUUCUCCUGAAGUAACCAGGACUGCAGGCUGGAAAGAAAUGUCAGAGCUGCUCAAACCUCUCGGCCUCUACGAACUCAGAGCAAAAACGAUCAUCAAGUUCUCGGACGAGUACCUGAGCAAGCGCUGGCGCUACCCCAUCGAGCUGCAUGGCAUCGGCAAGUACGGCAACGACUCCUACCGCAUCUUCUGCGUCAACGAGUGGAAGGAGGUGCAGCCACAGGACCACAAGCUGAACGUGUACCAUGCCUGGCUGUGGGAGAACCACGAAAGGCUGAGCCUCAAGUGACCUACCGGCCCUUCGCACCCCCCUCCCCUGCCGCGGCUCCCCCCUCGGGUUCCUGACACACACACCGGCCCUUUGUCUCCCCUCGGUCACUCCCGUUUGUUAAUAAACGUGUCCCAGUU